AUGGAAAAUAUAAAUGAACUCACUACAGAACAAAUUCAAGAACUUCUCGAUCUCAGCAAGCGACUCAAAGAACAGGAGAUCAGAGACGAAUCCAUUGACCUCCAAGUCCUCCUAGAAGAAAUCUUUGACGAUUUGGAAACCACUUCCAAGACUGUACUCAGGAACAAACUCAAAAAGUCCGCUAAAGACACAUACAAGUACGAUGGAGGAAAAUGGACACAAUCAGGAACGGUCAACAAAGUCUACCUUCCCGAACUUAAGAAAUACCAAGUGGAUGCCGCUCAAACGACUACGGCCAUUACCAAAGGAGCAGAUCGCCUGCGCACAGCCGGCCGAGCAACAACAGAGAUCUACCAAGAGUUCCAACAUCUCAUCGAGAUUGGUGGUACAGAAGACGACAUGCGUAACAUCCUUGAACGGAUCAGACGUCUUGCAGUGUACCAGUUUGGAACGGGGAAAGAGUUGGACAAGGAUGCCAAGGAUACCAAGGAUCUCACCACGAAGGCACUUAGACUCCCCGAAAGCCUCAAAUACCUCGAAGAUGAUGACGACGAAGGAAAAGAUUACUUCUUCUCCUCCGAAGUCAUUGAAAAAACCCAACAAACCAGAUUUGAGGAAUCAGUUAUCAAUCAAGCAAGCCAACGAAAAUAUGGUGGCUUUGGCAAGAACAAGUUCACUCGAGGAGGGCGACAACCCAAUGGAAACAGAGGAAGUUUUUUUGGACGAGGAAGAUCAAGAGAUUGGCAACGGAGUCACACGACGCCAAGCCACGUUUCACAGAUCGACAGACAACAGUCUCAACCCAGCAAUUGA